UUUGCGAGGUAUUUGUGCCAGCAAAUUACAAACGAUUUACCCGAUAAAUUUGGAUCGUCUGAUGAAAGUGAUGACGACGAAGAAGAAGGAGAUGAUCAAUAUCGUCUAAUUUUAUGGUAA